ACGCUGCCAUUUUGUCCGCGGUAGUAGGCAGGCAGCAAGUGGAGCCAAGCCCUUACAUAUUCAACAAGACUUGAACAAUACAAAAGACGACGAUAUGAGUUGGAUGUCAAGGUUCAGUGGUUUCUGACGGGUGUUUUUUUUGUAGUUUUUUUGUUGUUGCCAAUUUCAUGGAUAUAUCGGACCAAAUAGGUUAAAUUCAGGUGUUCCUCUCCUAGUACCGGACUCGGAGGAAGCAGGGUUGAGACAGGACGACACUAGGUAGUUAGAGGGUGUUGUGUUAUAGCAGGAAGGCCGGUCAACUGGCUGCUGUCUUCUCUCCGUCUACAUCUAGUCUGAAGCUCAAGACAAGUUGGGAAAGUUUGAUAGUUUCACGUUUUGCCUAUUUUCGUUAUGUUUCACUCGAAACCCCAAAAAAGGGACCGGUCUUUUCGAGGUAACCUAAACACACAAAACCUCAGUGGAAGUUGAAUUCUGAAGAAGAGUGAUUUUAUUUGAGUAGUAACUGUUUUAGCUAGUUUGGCUAAAAACGGUGAUCAUAAUUCAGGGUUGUCUCGCCAGUGGUCUUGUUAAAUUGACCCGUAGGUAUCCAGCUAGCUAGAGAUGUUUAUAUGUAGCCAGCGAGCUGACAUUUCUGUUUACAAAUUGCAUAGUGGGACUCAUUCGUGGUUCGAGUGCAGAAACGGAAAUAUUAGCUAACACAAAGCUAGUUUACUUGUUAAUGUCAACCUUUUUGUUGUUGUGUGUUUUGUUUGUUACUAUUACAGAAUACCUUGUUAAUGAUAGCUAACGUUAACUAGUUAGUUGUUAAUUGAUUUGCUUAUUCAAGACAUAAUAACAUAUUGUGUGUCCGGAUUUUUUUUUUUUAGGUUGCAACAAACAAAAAAACUAAAAUUAGUCGGAUAUCUUUCAGCGAUACUGGACUAGGACGUCAUACCACUUCUUUUUAACGGGACCGAUUCCCGUGGCCCGAAACCUCCUUGCCAUCAUUGGUGUUACGCACGUCAGCUAAUAUCCAAUCGUUGGACAUUGUGUGUGUGUUUAUCAUCUAACUAUAGUGGGUUUUGUAGCGAAACGGUGAAACACAAUGUCAGGACAGUCUAUAACGGAUCGCUUCGCAGCGGCACAGCACAGCAUGACCGGGUCUGCUAUCAGUAAAGCCGUGUGCAAGGCCACGACGCACGAAGUCAGCGGCCCCAAGAAGAAACACCUUGAUUACCUGAUCCACUGCACCAGUGAGAUGAAUGUGUCGGUCCCCCAGCUGGCUGACACACUAUUUGAGAGGACAGCCAAUAGCAGCUGGGUGGUGGUCUUCAAAGCUCUGAUCGCUACACACCACCUUAUGAUGUAUGGCAAUGAGCGUCUUAUCCAGUAUCUGGCUUCUAGAAACACCCUCUUCAACUUGAACAACUUCUUGGACAAAGGUGCUCUGCAAGGUUAUGACAUGUCUACGUUCAUCCGUCGGUACAGCCGCUAUCUGAAUGAGAAGGCCAUGUCUUACAGACUGGUGGCUGUGGACUUUACCAAGAUGAAGAGAGGGAUUGACGGUGUGAUGCGCACCAUGAGCACAGAGAAGCUCAUCAAGACGUUACCGAUUAUCCAGAACCAACUAGACGCACUGCUAGACUUCCAGGCCAACCCUAAUGAGUUGACUAACGCAGUCAUCAAUGCAGCCUUCAUGCUGCUGUUUAAAGACUCCAUCCGUCUGUUUGCUGCCUACAACGAGGGUGUCAUCAACCUACUGGAGAAGUAUUUUGAUCUGAAGAAGGGUCAGUGUAAAGAGGCGUUGGACAUCUAUAAGAAGUUCCUGUACAGGAUGACCAAGCUGUCUGAGUUUCUCAAAGUAGCAGAGCAAGUUGGAAUAGAUCAGGGUGAUAUCCCCGAUCUCUCACAGGCAGUUAAAGGAUCAUGCAUUGCCCCCAGUAGUCUCCUGGAGGCUCUGGAGCAGCACCUAGCCUCUCUGGAGGGGAAGAAGACCAAGGAGCUCAGUGCUGACACCAGAGCGUCCACUCUGUCCAGUGCGGUGACGUCUCUGUCCAGUACAGGCAUGUCCUUCAGCCGCAUGGACGAGAAGGAGAGACUGCAGGCCUUGGAAGAGGAGCAGGCCAGACUGCAGGCCCUCAAGGUACAGGACCAGCGUCUGAAGGAGAUCGGUGUGUCCCUGCCUCCCUCUGCCUCCCCCAGUACACAGUCUAUGGGCAGUGUCAACCACAACACCAACCAGGCCAUGGAGCUAUUCAACACACCAUCCACCAAUAGCAUGCCCAACCUCAGUAGUGAUCUGUUUGACCUACAGCCAGCCUUCAUCCCUGUUGUCCAGAGCACUCCUUCCAUCUCUACAGCCGCCAGUGCCUGGGGAGGUGCCGCUGUGCAAGCUGAGUCCUCCAUAAGUGUAGAUUUUGAUGCUGUUUUUGGGGGCGGGGCUAGAGGAAUAGCCAAUAACGGCGUGCAGCCAGCCGCUGAUGGGUUUGAUGCUCUUGGGGACCUGCUGAAACCCACAGUGUCCAACCAUAACCAGGCUCCCCCCAUGGCCCUCCACCACCCCCACCCAAGUCACCCCCAUCCAGGAUACCACCCAGGGGGCAAGCUGCUGGCCAACGACCUGGACUCCUCCCUCGCCAACCUCGUUGGCAAUCUGCAGUUCGGAGGAGCCCCAGCCAAGAAUUUGUCUCUGUGUGCCCCGGUGUUCAGGCCAGACAUGCAGUGGAACCAGUCUGGAGAGAAGAGACUAACUGGGGGACACAACUGGCAGAGCAAGACCAUGACCAGCACCACGGCCUGGAACCCUGUUCCCAUGGCCCCCGCACCCAUGCCUGUACAACACCUGAAUGGGAUGUUCUAUGCUGGUUAUGCUCCAGCUCCUAUGCCUUUCCCCAUGACCACACCGCAAGUGCCUAUGUAUGGAAUGGUCCCUCAGAUGGGUCAGAUGGGGGGUGUACAGGUGAUGGCCCCCCAGCCCAUGAUGUACAACCAGCCUGUACUCAGACCCACAAACCCCUUCUCCCCCAUGCCUGGAGCCCAGAUGCAGUUCAUGUAAUUUCACCUGGGGGAGCAGAGCGCCAAAAAAAUGAUGGCAUAAAACACACAGAGCGGACAAACGAAGAAAAGGGAAACGAAUGAAUGAAUGAAAGACUGAGGGGCAGACAGAAGAAAAACCAACCAACACCAAAUACAAGAGGAGAGGAAGAGGAGAGGAAGAGGCUGAUGAACCCGGGAGAUGGAGGGUAGAGCAAGGAAGAGUGUUUAUGAUAUCAUAAAGGCUUACCUCUCUGUCUGAAACAGCCCCCACCCUCAAACAAACAACCCCCCAAAAAAAUAAAAAUAAUACUGAACCCCUAUAAAUGGAUAGGUCUUUUAGAGUAGACGGUGUGAAGGGGUCAGGUGUGAAAGGUCAUAGGUUCAUUACACUUAGGACCCGUGUGUACAUUGACUUUUCUGUGUUGGUUUAGUUUGUCUUCUGUUACCUUUGGUGUAGAUGGAUGGAUUACAGCCCGUUGAAAUGACUGGGACUCUUCGAUGUUGUAGGUAUGCUACUGAGCUGAUAUUGAGCACUUUGGCACACACACAGAAACAGACAGAGGUGUGAAUCUAGCCAUGGGCAGAACGGACUGAUUUGUCUACAAAUAGAUGGGUAGGUUACAGUUGGAGCCAUCCUCUCUGGUUGGUGAGAUGGUUACAAACCGGUAGGAUCUUGUGUUCUGGUUUUCUAUCUCUGUGUGUGUGCGCGCACUGUUUAUAAAGCAUUACUUAGUGAGCUGGUCUCUACCUGCUUUCUUAGACUAAAAGGUCACCAAAUUAAAGAUGUUUUUUGUUUUCCAACUUUCUCACCGUUACUCAUCAACCGGGUGGAAAUGUUUGUCCCUGCUCGCUAGCCGUCCUUGACUGUUUGCUAGUUCAGAAAAAGCAGUUACGGUCUGUAUGUUACCCAGGGGAGGUGUUUCAGACAUGGAGAAGCCAUCACCAGGUGUAAUCAGACUGGAUAGACAACAUUAAGGACACCCCUCUACCCUCACCAUCAUCCUACCAUCAAUCAGACUGGAUAGACAACAUUAAGGACACCCCUCCUCACCAUCAUCCUACCAUCAAUCAGACUGGAUAGAAAACAUUAAGGACACCCCUCUACCCUCACCAUCAUCCUACCAUCAGACUGGAUAGAAAACAUUAAGGACACCCCUCUACCCUCACCAUCAUCCUACCAUCAAUCAGACUGGAUAGAAAACAUUAAGGACAGCCCUCUACCCUCACCAUCAUCCUACCAUCAAUCAGACUGGAUAUAAAACAUUAAGGACAGCCCUCUACCCUCACCAUCAUCCUACCAUCAAUCAGACUGGAUAGAAAACAUUAAGGACAGCCCUCUACCCUCACCAUCAUCCUACCAUCAAUCAGACUGGAUAGAAAGCAUUAAGGACAGCCCUCUACCCUCACCAUCCUCCCAACUCUUGCCUGCUUCUCAUGUAUUUCUGUCUGUCCAUGAGAGAGCUAGAGAACUGUUGAGCGCAUCUGAAAUGGCACCCUGUUCCCUAUCAAGUGCACUACUGCCCUAAGGGCCCUGGUUAAAAGUAGGGGGCCUACAGUAUUUAGAGAAUAGGUUGCCAUUUGGGAACAUUCCUGGUGUAAAAUGUUUCUAUCCCCUCCUCUCUACUGCGUCUGUAUCUUGUAAAAACAGUUUCCUCAUCCUGCUGUGCCCUCGAAUUGUGAUGGAUUCAUGCUUACACACACACACACACACACACACACACACACACACACACACAGGCAUGCAAUAACGUGUACAUACAGAUGUACACACAUGCAUGUAGCACGUUACACACACACAUACACAUGCAGAAACACACACUGAACAAUGUUAGAUUUUUCUGGGAUAAUUCUGGUGGUAAUAAUGUCCAUUUUUAUAUAUUUUUUUAAUCAUAAUGUCAUUACUCAUUAUGUAUUGUUUUAAAGCAAUGCUCUGUCAAUUUUCCUCCCAAAUUUCAAGAUGUCAUAUGAAAGGAUGUAACUUCUGGUGUCAAGGGAUGAUGUCCUGUUGUUGAGUCUAAGACGACUCCCAUAACGGGUGUUUCACGAUGUUCUGAACAGUCUGUGUGUCAAGGUUGUUACUGGUUCACUUUCUGAACCUUAUUGCCAACAACUUUGUUGUUAAAUACCUUUUGGGACACAUUGAGUGUAAAAUGGACAAGCCACUACUGGUUUGAUAACACUCUGGUUCCCGGAUUGCUUUAUGAAAGGAUGUCAGUGUAACUAUUGGGGCUCAGGUGAAACAGGCGAGGGGUUAACAUCUUUUGGACAAAUUGCCACAAUUUCCACCGUCGUAAUUCCCCUGUAUAAAACACAUUGGUGUGUGUUCCUGCGCGUGCCAUGUGUUGCUCACCCAGGGCUGUUUUCUGUCCGUUUCCUGGAUCUUGGUAGCAGGUCUGUUUCCUGGAUCUUGGUAGCAGGUCUGUUUCCUGGAUCUUGGUAGCAGGUCUGUUUCCUGGAUCUUGGUAGCAGGUCUGUUUCCUGGAUCUUGGUAGCAGGUCUGUUUCCUGGAUCUUGGUAGCAGGUCUGUUUCCUGGAUCUUGGUAGCAGGUCUGUUUCCUGGAUCUUGGUAGCGGGUCUGUUUCCUGGAUCUUGGUAGCGGGUCUGUUUCCUGGAUCUUGGUAGCGGGUCUGUUUCCUGGAUCUUGGUAGCGGGUCUGUUUCCUGGAUCUUGGUAGCGGGUCUGUUGCCUGGAUCUUGGUAGCAGGUCUGUUUCAUGGAUCUUGGUAGCAGGUCUGUGCUCUCUUGCCAACUUCUUAUGUAAUUGUCAUGCUAAAUGUUGACCGUGGAGUAGGCAAAAGACCUGGGACCAGGCUAAUAUCUUGGCGCUGAAGUGUAUGAUGACUAUGCCACCUGAUGUACGUACAGCUCUAGAUUCUUUCUCUGGUCUCCAAUGCCUGUCUAGUAUGUACAGCUCUAGAUUGUUUCUCUGGUCUCCAAUGCCUGUCUAGUAUGUACUGCUCUAGAUUGUUUCUCUGGUCUCCAAUGCCUGUCUAGUAUGUACUGCUUUCUCAGCUUUGCUCGCAAGUCCAACCUCUCCAAACACCUGCUUAGACAUCAUACACCUAAAUGAUAAUGAUGUAUAUUAACAUAACACCUUUUAUGAAACUCUGUUACUCUCUUCCUCUGGUCUCUCCAAUGCCUGUCUAGUAUGUACAGCUCUAGAUUCUUCCUCUGGUCUCUCCAAUGCCUGUCUAGUACGUACAGCUCUAGAUUCUUCCUCUGGUCUCAUCCAGUGCCGGGUAGAUUAUAGAUAUAAAAUAUCCCCCUCCUUGUAUACUGUCAGGUAGACCCAGCUCUAGAAUUACCCCCAAGGUGCUGUCUCUUCUUCGUUCUCCUUUAGAUACGGCUUUAGAAUCCCCAUCUAACUUCCUGUUUCUCUGGGCUCUGUCAUUGGCCUUCACUGCUUCUGCUGUGAGUGGGCAUGUCCCCACUCCAGUGUCCAUCAAUCCUGGAAACUUUAAAACUGUCUUGGAUUGGAAUAUAUAUGCAUCGAUAGCCAAUCGGCUGGCUACGGGUGAUAUAUCAUCCUUAUGAAAGAUGAGGCCUGUAGUCUUUCUGAAAUGUCUCUUUGUCUAAAGGAUAGCCUCGCUAUAGCAGCACCUAUGUAAGGGGGGGGGUGGUUGUUGAGUGGUGGUUUGGAAGUUAAGGGCUUCCCUCAAUCUUUGUGGCCCAAAACAGAUGCCCUUCUCUGGACUCCCCAGAUUCAUACAGUCCCUGAAUCUGGUGGGCAUGGAGCUCUGGGUAGCAGUUCUAGGAUCUUGAAUCAACCCUAAGCCAUAGGGCUCUGGUCUAAAGUAGUGCACUAUAUAGGGAACAGGGCUCUGGUCAAAAGUAGUGCACUAUAUAGGGAACCUGGUGCCAUUUGGAAUACAACUUUUUGUUUGCCGUUAAAAAAAAAAAAAAAAGAAGUGAAAUCUCCCAAAACAACAUUUUU